AAGAAAACAAUAACAACAUCACGUGUUCGCAGCGCAGCGUCGGUGAGACGUACUUAACUUUUAACAAUAUAUUUAAACACAGCGCAGGAGUCUCACAUUAACAACACACACAGACACACACACACACAUGUAGAAAUCUAUAAGAAAGCGUGUAAAUGUGUCGAGCUCUUACUCGAAGCGCUUGAUGAUAUUAAAUGCCGGAUUUCCAGGGGAUUUCCACUCAACAGCGGAUGGGUUUCGCUUUCGGUUCCAGACGCUUUGUGCUUCAGAAGAUCUCUGGAGGUCUGUAGAGAUGGAGGAGAAGCACAAGCAGUCGGUGCUGAUCUCUCUGCUGAGGCAGGAUCAAGUCCAGCUGUGGACGGAGCCCUUCAUCUCUGACCAGCAGAGCAUCCGGGAGCUGGCUCAGAAAUACGUGUCAUCCACUGAGUUUACAUUAGAGGAGGUGAUAUCGACUCUGGAGAGCAUCAGAGCAGACACCAGCAGGAAAGAUGAAGGGAAUAAACAGUUUAAAGAGACCGCAGUGGCCUCGCUGGAGCUCCACCUGCCCAGAACAGCAGAGAUUAAGAAAAGGAAAGUUCUUUUAAAAACCAAACUGGACAUCACCACGCAAGAGCUGAAGAAACUGAUCGGUGAGGAGUAUGGAUUCAAACACUUUAAUCUGAUUUUGAUGGGAAAAACACUGUCUCCAGGAAAGAGGCUUGAUGAACAGAACGUGAAGAACAACAGUAAGAUCAUGGUGCUGGUCGUGUCCUCGGAGCAGGAGAAGACUGAAAUGCUGAAGAAAGAGGAGAAGAAGCGCCAGCAGGAUGAAGGAUUGCAGAGAACGCAGAAGGGUUUCCAGAUCCUGUCGGAGAGAGACGGGAGUGAAGAUCCAGCCACCACCCCAUUUUUAGAGGUCGCCGAUCAGAAAGGAAAUCCACUGCAGAUCCCUGACAGCGAGAGGAAGGCUCUGAUCCUGGCGAUGGGUUUCCAUGAGAAAGGUCGAGCUCUGAUGAAGAAGAGGAACCACAGCGCUGCUCUGUCUCACCUGCUGCAGGCCGACGAGCAGUUCAAUAAGUGUAACUCGGCGCUGCUGAGGACGGUGGAUAACUACGCUGUUCUGCAGCUGGAUGUGGUUUGGUGUUAUCAGGCUCUGCAGCAGCUCGAUUGUCUGAACGAUGCCAGACAGCGUCUGGAACGAGCCGAGGAGUGCUUCAAGAGAUGCUACGGAGAGCAGCAGAGCCGUCUGCAGCAGAUCAAGGGUCACACCGGAGGAGAGGACGUUCUCUUUCUGAGGCUCUAUCUGCUCCAGAGUCUGCUGGCCUACCAUGAUGGCAACAAGAACCAAGCGUUAAACAAGCUCAGAAACGUGGAGGAGCUGCUCGGUCAGCUGUUUCUGGACCCUGCGAAGAUGCUCCGGCUGAUGACUCUGGGUUUCUCGGAGCAGGAGGCGCGUCUGGGUCUGAGAGCCUGUCGAGGAGACAUGGAGGAGGCAGAGCGGCUCAUCUCGCAGAGGAAGAAGGAGAAGAAGGAGCUGAAGGAGCGCGAGCGGGAGAAGAGGAGACGCCGUCUGCAGGACAUCAGCACACUGGUAGAGCUGGGCUUCAGUAAGACAGAGGCCGCCAGAGCCCUCCAUCAGACCAGAGGAGACGUGGACAAGGCCUACACGGUUCUGCUGGAUGGUGCUGAAGCUCAGAGUUCAGACAGACAGACUAAGCUGGAUCAGCUGCUGGAGCUGGGCUUUCAGAAGGACAUGGCCGACUCUGCGCUGAGCAUCAUGGGAGAGGAUCUGGCUCAGGCCACUCAGAUGCUGCUGGAUAACCAGGGUGUGGUUCCUCCGGACCUCCUGUCUCCAUCACCUCCAUCCUCCUCCUCAGAGGAGCCCAGCACCUCCUCCGACUCCACCGGUGAGGCCUCCAUCCGCUCACGUGAUCAAUAAAAACAGACUAAUAUGUGACCCUGGAGCACAAAACCAGUCAUAAGGGUCAAUUUUUUUAAAUUGAGAUUUAUG